CCUUUCAUAUUACCUAAGCGACACUCCACGCUCGGAGUUUAGCCGGAGCGCUUCCACGAGUGCUCAGGAUUGGAAAAGUCACUCACUUUGGCUUAGCCAGCCGUUUGUAGCUUGAGUGUUUACACGGUCAGCGCACGUGGUCUCGACCCAGGCCGACGGGGUCAGCGGUCGGAUCCGCGCUUUAUGAUUCGAUUACUAAUUUCAAGCCAAAUGCCACGUGUUUCGUAAUUUCGAUUUUAUCCAUUUGUGUGGUGAUUUUUAAUACAAACUGCUUUCGUCAUGAUGCUUAGCCAUAAGGGUUAUCCGGACUCCAGUUGUAGCAUGGGCACGAUGCAACCCAUGAGUGCCAUGAGCAACAGUUACAGUAUGAAUAGUGCAACGGCAUCAUCCAUGAGUAUGGCGGGUAUGAACUAUUCACAGCAAAGUUUUGGCACCAAUAUGAUGUCCGCAUCGGCGAUGGGAGGCAUGGGUCCCACUGCUGGCAUGGGCAUGGGCGUCGGAGGCACUGCUGGAACGUGUAUGUCUCCGACGAUGACAUCCAUGACCCCUCUGGGUGGCAUGAACUCCCUCAAUCAGAGUAUGAACGGUAUGACUUCACCGGCUUGCAUGGGAUCUAUGACAGGCUUAGGAAGUAUGAAUGCACCUCUCGUAGCUGCUGCCGGGCGUGAUUUCGGAGGCCAUGGAGGAGCGGGGGAUGGAUCCGCAAGCGCAGCCACUGCAGCCUUACAAAGGGCCAGGGCAGAUAAAACCUACCGUAGGAGUGAUUCUCAUGCUAAACCCCCGUAUUCCUACAUCUCUUUAAUCACGAUGGCGAUCCAAAACAGUCCCAGCAAAAUGCUGACUCUCAGCGAAAUCUAUCAGUUCAUCAUGGACUUAUUUCCCUAUUAUAGGCAGAAUCAGCAGCGCUGGCAGAACUCUAUCCGUCAUAGUCUCAGCUUCAACGACUGUUUUGUGAAAGUCCCAAGAACACCGGACAAACCCGGAAAGGGAAGUUUCUGGACUCUUCAUCCCGACUCCGGUAAUAUGUUCGAGAACGGGUGCUAUCUACGUAGGCAAAAGAGGUUCAAGUGCGAAAAGAAAGAAGCCGUCCGUCAGGCUACUAAAAGCUCCCAGAGCAGCAACAGCAGCCCGUCCCCAGCAGGCAAGGGAGGUAGUGACAGUAGAAUGUCUCCGCAUCCCCAUCAGCAACAGCCGCAUCACUUGCAACAACACCAUCAUGUUCAACGAGGCACUCCCAAUAGUAGUCCUCAUGCCAUGAACCCUCAAGGGUAUGGUGGUCACCAAAUGACCCCACACCCAAGCAAUUCACAUUUAGUUGAGGCCUGCAAAGCUGAGGACCCAUCUUGCUGCAGUCCCCCAAUCAAUGGUCAGAGUGUGCACCAUGCGGCCCUGGAACAUCAACUUGCGGCCAUCCACCCGCGGAAUUUCACCGAAGCUGCCGUCCUGCACCCCGGAAUGCUGGCCGCAGGACAACUGAAAACAGAUCCUCACUUCAAUCCUUCUAAUCAUCCAUUUUCCAUCAACAAUAUCAUUGCCAGCGAGAACAAAGCCGACAUGAAACUGUACGACAUGGUGCAGUAUGGAGCGUACGCUCCCUUGUCCCCAGUAGGGCCGGCCGGACAGCACUCCUUGCCCAAUGAUGCCUCUUCGUACUACCACUCGUCGAUAUAUUCUGUUCAUCAGUCUACGACUUCGGGCAUGUAGGUAAUUAACUCAGUGGUUCUUCAUUCAUUAUUUA